AUGGAAGAACCGCUCCUCCCCACCACCGCCCCGCCGUCGUCGAGGAGGAGGCUCUCGCCGCCGUCUAAUCUUCCUCCUCCGGUCCUCUGCCCGCUGCCGGAGGAUGAGGAGGCCGAUCUCUCCAGUCGCUCCCCCGGCACCCCCUCCUCACUCAAGGAGCGCCUCAUCUACGGCCCCCACCCCGCCGCCGGCGACCCCCACGCGGAGCACCAGGCGGCGCCGCCGCCGGCGAGUCGGUACAAGCCCAAGCUGCACCGAUGCCGCACGGCGCCAUCCAUGGCCCCCGUGAGCGACGCCGGCGCUUUCCAUGGCCACCGCACGCCGGAGAUGAAGCCCGGGUCGACUCCCGUUAUCCGGCAGGCGGUGCUUCUGCUCGCUGUCUACCUCGCCCUCGGAGUCGUCGUCUUCACCUUCAACCGAGAGGCUUUCUCCGGCGAGGAGACCCACCCAGUGGUGGACGCCGUCUACUUCUGCAUCGUCACCAUGUGCACCAUUGGGUACGGGGACAUUACCCCACAGAGCAGCGCCACCAAGAUCUUCUCCGUCGCCUUCGUUCUCGUGGGGUUCGGCUUCGUGGAUGUCCUCCUCUCCGGCAUGGUCUCCUACGUGCUCGACCUCCAGGAAAGCCUCCUCCUCGGCGCCAUCAAGGAAGGGAAGGCGGCGCCGUCGUACCUGGUGGACGUGAAGAAGGGAAGGAUGAGGAUACGGACGAAGGUAGCGGCGGCGCUGGGAGUCGUCCUCCUCUGCGUCGGCGGCGGCGCCGCCGUGAUGCACCACGUCGAGCGGCUGGGGUGGCUCGACUCGUUCUACCUCGCGGUUAUGUCCGUCACAACGGUGGGGUACGGCGACCGAGCCUUCCGAUCGCUACCCGGAAGGGCCUUCGCGUGCGUAUGGCUGCUGGUUUCCACGCUCGCCGUUGCCCGGGCCUUCCUCUACUUGGCCGAGGCGAGGAUCGACAAGAGGCACCGGAGGAUCGCCAAAUGGGUCCUCCGCCGGGACAUGACCGCUGCGGAGUUCCUCGCCGCCGACAUCGACCACAACGGCUCCUUGAGGUCGGAAUCCCCUCCUCGCUCCUCUCACUAAUCGAUCUUGACCCAGAUAAGAUUUGACCUGGAGAAGCGUAGACUUGUCAGAUCAUAAGCGAUUACAAAGCCCGAUUUCGGAAAUUGAGAGAUUCGUCAAUCAAAACACUUCCAAGAAAACCCUAGAACGGCGGAACGUUAACGGAGACGGAAUAGUGAUACAGAAACUUAGAUCGAACUUCUUUUCCCAAGUCUUUUAUGGGUAAUAACCCUGUGGUUUUUUUUCUAACCCUUUUUUCUUCUCCCAUCUGCAGUAAAUCCGAGUUCGUCAUAUAUAAGCUGAAGGAGAUGGGGAAGAUAACGGAGCUUGAUCUCCUGCCGAUUUGUGACCAGUUUGAGCGGCUGGACAAGGGCAAUUCUGGGAAGAUAACGCUCUCACAUCUUACAGAGAUUCACCAAUGA